AAACCAAAUUAGCUGAUGUGACCGGAGUGAAUGUUUACCGUCGAUAAGAUAGCAAUGAUAUACCUUAACAUCCAGUAAGCGGAGACUAAUCGCUGAUGUAAGUUAUUAUGUUGUUUUUAUUCGCUAACGGUAAAUAAAGUUGGUACAUUAGCUAAAUUAAGCUAGCUGCCGCUGGCUGUAUUUAACUUUUCUGUCGGCUAAAUGUUGAGCCGGUGUAACGUUACCGCGAAGGUGUAGCCUAACAAAAGUCGUUAAAAUGGCGAGUGUGCACGAAAGCUUGUAUUUCAACCCCAUGAUGACGAACGGAGUGGUCCAUGCUAACGUGUUCGGCAUCAAAGACUGGGUGACCCCGUACAAAAUCUCCGUCCUGGCGCUUCUCUACGACAUGACUGCGUCCAAAAUCACGCUGCCGGAGAGAAGACGACUCAACAAACUGAUCCUCCCUCUGCAGCAGGGUCCGGAUCUGACUCUGGGCCAGCUCCUGAGGACUGUGGAGGAGUGUUGCCCUCAGUCUGCAUAUGCUGUCAAACUCAGGCUGCAUGAAAUGGCCGAUGGAGAGCUGAAAGACAUGGAGUACUUCUUUUCCACUCUUCCCACUCCGUUCACUGCUUUCGAUUCGGAGGCCCAUAAAACCAGUGUUGUGGGUCUUUUUAUGAGACACAUGCUUCUGGCCUACAACAAGCUGUCUUUCAGUCAGGUCUACAAGCUGUACAAGUCCCUGCGGCACUACUACCACAGUCACUACGGCAAGCCUGCAGAUGGGCAGGUGGGUCUGCCGGCGCUGGUGGCCGACGACUCCGACAUGGACCUCACCAGCACCGAGGACACUGUGGGGGACAGAAUAGACAAAGAGGAGCUGGACACGCCACUGCACGAGUCAGAGCUCCGAAAUGACAGUGCUCCCAGCAGAGGUCCCCUGUCCCAAAAACAAGCAGAGUACUUUCUUGCCAGACAGGCUUAUCUUCUGAAGAACGACGAGAACAAAGCUCUGAAGCCUGCCGCGCUGCAGGAGGAGCUCAACAGCAUGUUGAAGUUUAAUCCAGAUUUUGCUGAGGCGCAUUACCUAAACUACCUGAACAGCAUGAGAGUGCAGGACAUCUUCCUCUCCGCCCACAGCCUCUUACAUUAUUUUGACCGCCUCAUCCUGUCUGGAAACGAGGGAAAGAGCAACGGGGACGAAGGCUACGGCCGAAGUCUCCGCUACGCCGCUCUCAACCUGGCCAGCCUGCACUGCCGCUUCGGCCACUAUCAGCAGGCUGAUCUGGCUCUGCAGGAGGCGAUCCGCAUCGCCCAGGAGUCCAACGACCACGUGUGUCUGCAGCACUGCCUGAGUUGGCUCUACACGCUGGAACAGAUGAGGGGAUCCGACAGCACUGUGUUAACUGAGGACUCGGUGAAAAUGGCCGCCCAUUUCUGCCUGCCGUACUUGGCGUCUCUGGGCAUUCAGUCUUUGGUCCAGCAGGGGGCGACACAGGGCAAAACAGCCCACAAACUGAUGGAUGCCCUGAAGGACACAGACAUCCUGCACUGGAAGCACAGCCUGUCGGAGCUGAUCGAGAUCAGCCUGGCUCAGACCACGUCCAUAUGGAGGAUGUACGGCAAGAGCACCAUGGCUCUGCAGCAGGCCCAGCUGCUUCUCAACAUGAGCAGUCUGGAGCCGGUCAACUUCGGGGUCCAGCAGAACAACACGGAAGCGUUCGCCGUGGCGCUCUGCCACCUGGCCGAGCUGCACGCCGAGCAGGGCCUGUACAGUGCCGUGACAGAGACUCUCCAGCAUCUGAAAGAACAGUUCCCUCCUCACUCCCAGCAUGCCAAGCUCUGGAUGCUGUGUGAUCUGAAGAUCCAGUUUGAGAGGCACAUGAACGAAGGGAAGUACCAUCUGGCAGAGCCGCUGGUCACAGCGAUCUCUGCCUUAAACAAGACAGAAGGCCUGUACAGGAAAGCUCAAGUUCUGAAGGCCCUGAACCGGAGCACCGAGGCGUACGGCAUCCUGCAGCGGCUGCAGGUGCACUGUGAGAAGACUAAAUGCACGGAGGUGGUCAUCAGAGUUAUGCUUUCCACCGCCGAGCUCCACUGGGAGUCUUCUGGCUUCUCCACAGCUCUUCCUCUCCUCCUGCAGGCCUUGGCUCUGGCUAGACAGCACCACCUACAGUCCCUGGCCUCGGAGGCCCUCCUUCAUCUGGCCUUCACUCAGCUGAUGCUGGGGGUUCCUGAGCAGGCUCUGAGCGUUCUGCAUGAAGCCAUCGAGCCCGUUCUGGCUCACGGAGCAGUCAUGGACAAAGGCCGAGCCCUGCUGCUGACAGCCCGCUGUCAGAUGGCGGUGGCUGGGUUCAGGCCAAACGGACAAGGGCAAGCAGAUUUGCGUUUGGCGGUUUUGGCUGUCGACACGCUAAAGGAGGCUGCAGCUUAUUUCACCAGGCUGAGCUGUAAGGAGCGGCUGCGGGACGUCCACUACCUGCAGGCUCAGCUGCACCGCUCGCUGGGACAGACCUCGCAGUGCAACAAAAGCGCCAUGCUCUUCCGGCUGCUGGACCAGGAGCUGCAGUCGCCGGCACCACCCGUCUCCAUGCGGCUCUAACCCCCCCCCCCAGCAACAAGCUGCAGCUACUCUGUCUGCUGGAGAGGACACGACACCUCCUCUGACCACUGAGUGGAGUCACUGCUGCUGUCCACUAGGUGGUGGUGAAGAUCUGUCCUGCUCUGUUACCACUGAAGCGUUUCACUCCUAAAUAUUUUGAACCAGAGGCAACUGUGGAGCUGUUUGCACGCAGUGGCAUGAUAAUAAUUAGAGAGGACAAUGGCAGCAGUCAUAAAUAAGGCUGAGCCUCCAGGAGAGCAACAAUAGGUCAGUUGUCCCUUCAGUUGUGGUCAGAAACAGAUUUGAAUGAUGGUCUGAUAGUAAGUAUAACGUGGUUUAACGCACGGAUGCAACAUGUCAGCCGACGGUGUGGCAGAAACACAGAAGCUUUAUCAGCAGCCGUGACGGCCGUGCUGAUUUAUCCUCCGCCUCUUGAUGAAUGAGGGUAAUAUCACAGUUAGCUACAAGACAAAUGUGUUCCAGUGGCCUGGAUGAUUCAUAUUUCGUCAGAAGAAUACUGAUGAAGCUGGAAUCAGGAGGAGGAACUCGUGAUCACAUUUAUAAUGUGAUAGAGCCACCGCGACAUCGCGGCAGAUACUGUAUCUGUAUUCCACUUCCGUCUGACACCGUUUGUGAGAACGUUUUCAGCUGAUAAUAUCACGCUAAGGUGUCCUGACGGGCCUCUAAUCCAUUACUGACUGCACCUCUUUCAAGAAAAUAAAAGAUUGCUUUCAUCUGACGCAGUUUUCAGCUAAUCUGACACAAGUAAAGGAGUAAUUGUGAGGAGGAUGUAUCCACAGUGGGGAUGUCUGUGUGGUACAGCUCAGCUGUAGUUUCAGUAGGAUUGUGUCUGAGGCCUCCUGGACUGUCGAUCCCCUGGAAGUUCUUGUUGACUGAGUUAAAGUGCCGUGUUUGACUUCAUGUCAGUUAGCACAUAAACAGAUGAGCUGCAGAGGUGCAGGCCUGGUUUUCAUGUAAAUAUCUGGCAGAGUCACGUGACACCCUGCUCUCACAAAGGAGCCGUCUUCACUGCUGCUUGUUGUGAUGUGGCUUCAGGCAUGAGGAAAUGUGCAACCUGAAUUUACAUGCUGUCCUGUGUGUUAGCUCUUACCUGGAGAGUCGUCAUGUUGCAGGCGCGAUCUGUUGCAGUGGAUCUAAACCACUUCCUGUUUUCUGUUUGUGACACUGAGGUUUUAACCCAGAGGCAGCGAAACGUUCUCCUGCUGCUGGUUUGUCAUUUGCUCAAACGGCACACAUGAGUGGAGAUAUUUACUGAAGGCUGAUUGAAAAUCACUGGACAGUGAAAGUAAAGGGGCUCGGUCUCUUCGGGGGUCCUGAGUCCUGCGCAGGUUUUGUUUACCUCCUGUGACCGUAAUGAAAAACUUUGUUCACCGUGUUUUAUUGCUGAAACAGUGAGUAGAUUCAUCUUCUGAGUCAUUAAUGAGGCUACGAUGUCAAACAUUCACCGCUCCGGCUUCCUUUAGCCAAGCCCCCAGCUUUGGAGUCGGGCGGUUUGGUCCAGACUGACGCAUCUCAACAACUGAUGGACGGAUGGUCGUGGACGUUCACGCUCUCCAGAGGAUGAACCCUAAACACUUUCCUGAUGCUCUUACUUUUCCUCAUGAGGUCAGUUCGUUUGGUUUGUAGUGGCACAAAUAUUCACAAUACCCUCAGAGACCCUGUGACGUGGCCUGCAGCGCCACCUUCAGAUCAUACUGUAAAUGAAUAACCUGCAGGACUACCUCAGCCUCAGCUGUGCUUUGCUUUUGGUGCUAAUCAGCAAAUGUUAACAUGCUAACUCACUGAACUGAGAUGGAGAACAUUAAACCUGCCAAACUCAGCAUGUUUACAAGGUCUGUGUCGGCAGGUUAGCAUGCUGGUAUUAGCAUUUAGCUCAAAGCAUCAUGUUAGCUGUAAACUCAGUGCAGUUUGGAUCAAAACAAGUUAUCUGAAGUCAUUACUUUGGCCUCUUUUGGUUGGGAUUGAUUUAAUAGAGUAUAACUAUUAAUAAUGAUAAUAAUCGCUGGUUGUAGUGCCAGUAAACAUCUGAUAAACUGCAGUGAAGCUCUGACUCAUUCUGAUACUGUCCUGGAUUAAAUUAACACCGAAGAACAAACUGAUGCUCCAGAAACAGCAGAGAAAUACCCCGAGGGUCCAUCUGGUAAAAUAUAGCAUCUUUGUUCAAAAUGUUUAAUAACAAGCAUGGCAACAAACAUGGCAUGAGAACAAUGCAUGUUUAGAAAAAUAUAUCUGCAAAUGUAUUUUUCAGAAUACACCAUACAUUCACUGAACCUCUACUCGAUAUUAAACAUUUACAGUUCAGAAGUAAUAGUUUCAGUAUAAAACAGCACAGUCAGUUUCUGCUAAAUGUUCGUUUGAGGAUCAGCGUCCGUCAGGAGAAGGACGUCAGUGGACAUUUAGGGUCAAACAGGCAAACAACCUGAGCUGUCCUUAUUUUUCACUGGUUAUACCUGCUUGCAUGUCUAGUUGUUUUUUUUUUUUUUUUUAAAUUGAUGGUUUGACAUAAAAACAAACUCCUUUUCAGACAAAUUGUCCAGUUAUUGACAAUAUUUUUUUCCCUUACACAAUAAAAGAAAUGAAAAUACUACAUGGACAACCUACAACCACUCAGAUUCUUACCUAAAACAUGGUGAUGAAACCUAAAAACAGUUCUUAUUCUCACAUUAUCAUUUGCCUAAUUAUUGUUAUGGGUUGUUUUUCAGGUGUGGGCUGCUGUGUCAUACAGGAAGUAGGUUUAUUAUAGAAAGCAGAUGUGUUUCGUCUUUUCUGACCAGUAUCCAGUAGUGAUGAUACAGGAGUCAAACUAGGUGCAACCUCUUGUUUUACUUCAAAACUCAAAAAUAACGCAAAUAAAACAAUAUGUAAUGCUGAGUCGUUGAGUUUGAGUAAAAGAGGCUGUUGAAUGGAGUCAUUUUCAUGUCUGAGUGAGAGAGAGUCAUGUCAGAGAAGGAGUUGGGGGGGGCUGUGUCUCCUUAGCUUAA